GGGCGUCAAAGUAUAUAGUAGUUGGAACAGGUUGGACUCAUUCAUGAACAUGGAAACGGCCUGCGUCUUAAGAAACGGACAAAACGGACCCCGUGCCACCAAAGAGCCCGCAAAACACCGGAUACGGAAAUAGCGCCAUCUUCCCGAGGUCAACAAAAUGGUGGCCUGAGUGUGGGUUGACGAAAUUUGGGUAUAUCCUGGCAUUUAUACACUUUUCUGAAGUCAUAUUAUCGCUGUUAUCCGUGUUCAAUGUAAGGAAACGACAGUGAUGUACCGUCUACUGCUAUGAGUAUGAUUAGCUAGCUACAAGCAGUAGUUUGAGUUAAUUGGAACACCAAUAUCAAGAAUGUCGUUCCUUGCAGCUUUGGCAAGGAUCCCUCCAAAGGCAAAGGGAAUCCAGAAGUUGCUUUGCCCUGGAAAACCAGUCUAUGUGCCGUCUGCCUCUUCAUUCUGGGAGCCUGACAAGAAGGGUGGAUAUGAAACUGAGAUAAAGCGUCCUGUGAAGAAAAUGGUGAAAGACGGACUAGGAGAACUGGCUAAAGAAAUAAAAUUAUUUGGAGUAGAAAUGAAAGACAAAUUUGAAUUGGACCAAAUUUACUUUGUGCAUCACAUGGACUAUGCUUACUUUGCUAAAUUUGACAAUCAGGAGAGAAUCAAUUCUUGGGUAGUGUCUUGUGAUAAAGACCAUAAUGAAGGCAAAAGUGAAGCUGACUUUGUGUUGAGUAAAGACAACAAUGGGUUAUUUCAUGGAAGAAUUAACACUGAAGUACCCAAGGAUGGCAAGAUCAAGAAAGCUGGCUAUGUCAACAUGAGAUCGCCAAGAAGAAUGAAAUCCUUCAAAAGGUCAAUACCAUAUGAUUACUUUGCGGAUUUCACUCAUUUAGUGAUACGCUGUCGAGGAGAUGGGAGACCUUAUAUGAUGAAUUUAGCAAUGGACAUGUACUAUGAUAUCAAUUGGAACGAUCAGUUCAGUUAUCCACUAUUUACCAGAGGUGGGCCCUAUUGGCAAACGUCAAAGAUACCAUUUUCAAAGUUUUUUCGAGCCAGCAAAGGACGUAUUCAAGAUAAACAGGAAAAAGUGAUUUUGGAAAAAGUAGCCCACCUUGGUUUUACAUGUGCAGACCAGAACUCGGGACCUUUUCUAUUAGAAAUAGACUAUAUAAUGUUGCUCAGAGAUGAAAAUCACUCUGAAGAUUUUGCUUAUGAAUCCUAUGAAACAACCCCAGGAAUUGUGGGAUGUUGACAACAAUUGAACUCUGUGAUUAGAUUGAGAGUCUUGAGAACUCUGUAAACCUUUUAUUUUCUUGAGCCUGAUAUUUAUGUUAAUGUAGGGCUCUCUGAAUAUAUAAAAUGGUGCGGAAAUUCCUAAUCAGAUGGUCUUGUAAUUGGGAAAACCAUUUGCAGUAAUCAGUUGAAUAGGAAUCGUAAAAUCCCUAGUCUUUUUCAUGGAGACCAGGGACACCAAAACAAUGCGGUUUACAGGACUGGUUUACAGCAUGACUAGUUUUCUUUAAAAAAUGUCUUUCAUUGUUUUCUUUUUUGUUUGAAAAGACGCUGGGGCAUUUAUGUGAAUGUGUUCUGAUCAUGGGUGAAAUAAAGCUG